AUGGCGCCCUAGGUAACGGGAGGCGGCGGCCGUUAGGCUGUGAAGCGCAGGGCGCGCGCGCGGCAGUUGCAGAGGGAGGUUCCCAGCCCCCUCCCCACGCCCCGGGGUGAGGAUGGCGUGUCCGGAUCAGAAAUCCCCCAACGUUCUGCUACAGAACCUGUGCUGCCGCAUCCUCGGCAAGAGCGAAGCUGAUGUAGCCCAGCAGUUUCAAUAUGCAGUGAGAGUUAUUGGAAGCAACUUUGCUCCUACUGUUGAAAGAGAUGAAUUUCUUGUUGCGGAGAAAAUCAAGAAAGAACUUGUGCGACAAAGAAGGGAAGCGGAUGCUGCUUUGUUUUCAGAACUUUACAGAAAACUCCAUUCGCAGGGCGUCCUGAAAAACAAAUGGUCAAUACUCUACCUCCUGCUCAGCCUUAGUGAAGACCCACGUAAGCAGUCUAACAAGGUGUCAAGUUAUGCCACAUUGUUUGCUCAAGCAUUGCCGCGAGAUGCUCACUCAACCCCUUACUACUAUGCCAGGCCUCAAAGCCUUCCAUUGAAUUAUCAGGACCGCAAUGCUCAGUCUGCCCAGAGUGCGGGCAGUAUGGCGAGCAGUGGGAUCAGCAGCAUAAGCAUGUAUGCCCUGAAUGGGCCAACGCCAACUCCACAGUCCCUCCUUCCAGGACAAUCCUAUCAAGCUCCAGGGGUGGGAGAUUGCCUUCGUCAACAGCUGGGUUCACGUCUUGCUUGGGCUCUAACUGCUGGCCAGCCUUCGUUACAAAGCUCUACCUCAAAAGGCCUUCCAAACACUGUGUCUCGCAAUGUGCCAAGAUCAAGGCGAGAAGGGGAGACAAGUGGCAAUGUUGAAAUAACUGAAGCAAACCUUGUAAGAGACAUUUUGUACGUCUUCCAGGGAAUAGAUGGCAAAAACAUCAAAAUGUGCAAUUCUGAAAACUGCUAUAAAGUAGAAGGAAAGGUCAGCCUCUCCAAAUCGCUCAGAGAUACCACAAGCAGACUCGCAGAGUUAGGAUGGCUACACAAUAAAAUAAGAAGAUACACAGACCAGAGGAGCUUGGAUCGUGCCUUUGGGCUUGUAGGUCAGAGUUUUUGUGCUGCCUUACACCAGGAACUCAAAGAAUACUACAGGCUUCUCUCUGUUUUACACUCCCAGCUGCAACUUGAAGAUGAUCAGGGUGUAAAUUUGGGACUUGAGAGCAGUUUAACACUUCGUCGUCUUCUAGUAUGGACAUAUGAUCCUAAAAUAAGACUCAAGACACUUGCAGCACUUGUCGAUCACUGUCAAGGAAGAAAAGGUGGUGAACUAGCAUCAGCUGUCCAUGCCUACACUAAAACAGGAGAUCCCUAUAUGAGAUCCCUGGUACAACACAUUCUUGGCCUAGUGUCCCAUCCUGUCUUGAAUUUCCUUUACCGCUGGAUUUAUGAUGGGGAGCUGGAGGACACAUACCAUGAAUUUUUUGUAGCUUCAGAUCCUACAGUUAAAGCAGACCGGUUGUGGCAUGACAAGUACACUUUAAGAAAAUCAAUGAUCCCUUCAUUCAUUACAAUGGAUCAAUCAAAAAAGGUCCUUCUAAUAGGAAAAUCCAUAAACUUCUUACAUCAGGUUUGUCAUGACCAAACUCCAUCUACAAAGAUGAUAGCUGUGGCAAAGUCUGCAGAAUCACCAAAAGAUGCUGCUGACUUGUUCACAGAUUUGGAAAAUGCAUUUCAGGGAAAAAUCGAUGAAGCUUACUUUGAGACCAGCAAAUACUUGCUGGAUGUUCUCAAUAAAAAGUACAAUUUACUGGAGCAUAUGCAGGCUAUGAGGCGCUACUUACUUCUUGGUCAAGGAGAUUUUAUAAGACACUUAAUGGACUUGCUUAAGCCAGAGCUUGCCCGACCAGCUACCACUUUGUAUCAGCAUAAUCUGACAGGAAUCCUUGAAACAGCUGUCAGGGCAACUAAUGCACAGUUUGAUAAUCCCGAGAUCCUCAAACGGUUGGAUGUUAGACUUCUGGAGGUAUCUCCUGGUGAUACUGGAUGGGAUGUCUUCAGUCUAGACUAUCAUGUGGAUGGGCCAAUUGCAACGGUAUUUACACGAGAGUGCAUGAGCCACUACCUAAGGGUGUUUAACUUCCUAUGGCGAGCAAAGCGGAUGGAAUAUAUUCUCACAGACAUAUGGAAAGGACAUAUGUGCAAUGCAAAGCUCCUGAAAUGUAUGCCAGAGCUUUCUGGGGUGCUGCAUCAGUGCCACGUUCUGGCAUCAGAAAUGGUCCAUUUCAUUCAUCAAAUGCAGUAUUACAUUACAUUUGAGGUACUUGAAUGUUCGUGGGAUGAGCUCUGGAACAAGGUCCAACAAGCACAGGACUUAGAUCACAUCAUCGCUGCUCACGAAGUUUUCUUGGACACAAUCAUCUCUCGCUGUUUGUUGGAUAGCGACUCCAGAACACUUCUUAACCAGCUUCGAGCCAUUUUUGAUCAAAUCAUUGAGCUUCAGAGUGCUCAAGAUGUAAUGUACAGAGCUGCUUUGGAGGAGCUGCAGCUGAGGUUGCAGUUUGAAGAGAAAAAGAAGCAGCAUGAACUUGAGGGUGAGUGGGGAGUAACUACAUCCGAAGAGGAAGAAGAGAACAAAAGGAUUAGAGAGUUUCAAGAAUCUGUACCAAAAAUGUGUUCACAGCUGCGAAUACUUACACAUUUCUAUCAGGGCAUUGUGCAACAGUUUUUGAUCUUACUGACAACCAGUUCCGAUGAAAGCCUUCGAUUUCUUAGCUUUAGAUUGGACUUCAAUGAACAUUAUAAAGCAAGAGAACCAAGACUUCGUAUGUCUUUGGGCACUAGAGGGAGACGCAGCUCACAUAUGUAA